UUUAAAGCAACCAGGGACUGCUGAAAAUAGCACUUCUUUUUGCUUUCUUUGUAUUCAAAACUAUAUCCUUUCCCGACUGAUUCUACUGCCCCAGGUCCAAGUCUCUCCAGUCAGAAACCCCCAGCUCUCCAGAACAGUAACAGAUCCUUUAGCUAGCUUUUAUUAUUUUAUUUUUUUAAACUAAUUAUUAUUACAUUUUCUCCCCCUUGUUUAUUUUCUGCACAUCUUCAGGAAGCCCUCAGUGCUUGCGCAAAGAGAAGCUCCUAUUUGCAACCUCCCUCCCUGCGCUGUGCGCCUCGGUGUAAACAUUUUGGAUGAUCUAAAGACUCUGGGGUCUGUAUAUGGAAAUAGUGGGGUGCAGAGCAGAAGAAAAUACUUGUCCUUUCCGUCCCCCAGCCAUGCUUUUCCACGGGAUCUCCGGAGGCCACAUCCAAGGAAUCAUGGAAGAGAUGGAGAGGCGAUCUAAGACCGAGUCCCGCCUGGCCAAAGGGGGACAGAUGAACGGCCGAGAUACGAACAUGCCCCCCAUGAGCCCCGAGAAGCCUGCUUUGUGUGCUGGUUGUGGAGGGAAGAUCUCAGACAGAUAUUACCUGCUGGCUGUUGACAAACAAUGGCACCUCAGGUGUCUUAAGUGCUGUGAAUGUAAACUGGCUUUGGAGUCAGAACUCACCUGCUUUGCCAAGGACGGCAGUAUUUACUGCAAGGAGGAUUACUACAGAAGGUUCUCCGUGCAGAGAUGUGCCCGCUGCCACCUUGGGAUCUCAGCCUCUGAAAUGGUCAUGAGAGCCAGGGAAUCGGUUUAUCACCUGAGCUGCUUCACCUGCACCACCUGCAACAAGACUCUGACCACGGGCGAUCACUUUGGCAUGAAGGACAACCUGGUUUACUGCAGGGCCCACUUCGAGUCCCUUUUGCAAGGAGAAUACCCCCCUCAGCUGAGCUACACCGAGCUGGCUGCCAAGAGCGGAGGGCUGGCCCUGCCUUACUUCAACGGCACUGGCACGGUCCAGAAGGGGAGGCCCAGGAAACGAAAGAGCCCUGCCUUGGGAGUGGACAUCGUCAGCUACAACUCAGGUUGUAAUGAGAAUGAGGCAGAUCACCUGGACAGAGACCAGCAGCCUUAUCCCCCAUCCCAGAAAACAAAGCGCAUGCGUACCUCCUUCAAACACCACCAGCUUCGUACCAUGAAGUCCUACUUUGCUAUCAACCACAACCCAGAUGCCAAGGACCUCAAGCAGCUUGCCCAGAAAACAGGCCUGACCAAGAGAGUUCUGCAGGGAGAACAAAUCAUGGGGCAUUACAGCCAAACAUCCCGACGUUUGAAAAUUCCCUAAAGUAUUAAAAGAAGGGGAAAAGUUUGAUCGGAAAUCCACUGCAGUGAAGACAAAGACAAUAUUAGGUUAUGAUAAUCAUACAUUUAAAAAUCUAUUGAGCCAAAAAAUAAAAACAAAAGACUUGAUGUCAUUUCCUGAAUGUUAACAAAACAUACGUUAUUUUAUGGUGUCUAAUUAACAGAACUGAAGGCUUCAACAAAUUGUGUGGUAUCAAAAACAAAUUCAUAGAACCUAUGUAUAAAACCAGAGCAACCUGGCAGCAAUCUACCCAGCCCAUAUUCGAAGAAACCUUUUCUUUUUUUUAAAAAAAAUCACAUUUGUCAAGCACAAGUACUUGUAAAAUAAAUCUGAGUGCAUUCAUUCCACUUGCUUGCUAAUGUGUACUAGUCAUAUCUGUUAAAUGGAUUUUUGUAAAUUCAAGGAGAACUUUCCACUCAUCUGAGAUCAUAGGAAUCAAAACCCGUAACUUUAGUACUAUUGUUUCAGAAUUAAUUUUUUUAAAAUGAGACAACUCUGCAUGCACUUUUCCAUCUGUCACAUAUAGUGUACAUUUCUGUAUGAUGAAUUUCUCUUUGAUGUUUCUUGUAUAAUACCUUUCAUUAAUAAACAUUUUAUUUGAUGCAAACAUAGUUAGCUUUAUGUAAACACAUAGCUAAUUGUUUCAACUAAUUUAAACUUUUCUUUUGAAAGGAAGCAGUACAGUGCAGUUCCAAUAUGCUAUAUAUAUAUAUAUAUAUAAAUAUCUAAAAUUAAAAAGAAUGAGGUAGAAAUACUAUUGCACAUUUUAAAAUUAUUUCCUUUGGUGUUAAUUUUUUAACUUGUAUAAAACUGACUUGUUUUAAAAAGAAAUUCCCAUCAUCAUCAACAAUAAAACAAUCCCCAAACUCUUCAUCAAGAUAAGAAAACACGAGCAGUACAGUGUGUACUUUACACAGUGACUUUAGAAUAUAAGGAUAUAAUUUGUGGGUCCCUGAGCUGUUUACAUGGUCACUAUGCAAUGAGCACGUUUGCUACAUAAAGUUGGUCCUAAGACUCCCUGUCCAAAACACAGAUGAUUUUUACAAGCCAACAAGCAAGUGUAACAAUAACCAAUUCUUAGUAAUGAGGUUUUGUAACUGUUAAGCAACUAUUUGCAGAAAGAUUUUUUAAAAUAUAUUCCUAUUUAGCUGUAUAGCCAAAGCAUAUGUUAAACAAAUUAACAUAUAAAAGACUUGCCAGAAAAUCUUUCAUUAAGAUGACAUUUUUAUUAUAUACUAAUGAACCCUAUGUAAACAAUGUAACUUUUAUG